CGGUACAACAUGAAGAGAAACCUGGCCGCCCAUUGGCCAUAGGAAAAAAGACCUUUCUCUCUUAUUGCAAUUAAAGCUAAAACCUUUACCUAACUAAACCCACAAAGAUUUUGCAUAUAAAUACUCACACCAUUCAACUCACAAAGAUUCAAGACUUCUUUUUUUUUUUUUUUUAAUAUAAAAUGGACUGGACACGUGGCGGAACAAUUGGACGUGGCUCCACCUCCGUCGUCUCCGUCGCUACUGAUAACUACUCGGGUGAUGUAUUUGCCGUUAAGUCCUCUGAGCUUUACCGAGCUGAAUCUCUUAAAAGGGAACAGAGGAUUCUGUCUACAUUAAGCUGUCCCCAUGUCGUAGCUUAUAAAGGGAGCGAUGUUUCAUCGGAAAAUGGUAAGGUUUUGUAUAAUCUUUUGAUGGAAUACGCGCCGAAGGGCACCGUCUUGGAUGCGAUUGAAAAGCACGGUGGUGGCCUGGACGAGGCGACGGUCCGAUCGUACACUCGCGGGAUUUUAUUGGGUCUCCGGUUUCUUCACGGUAAUGGGAUUGUGCAUUGUGAUAUCAAGGGCCGGAAUAUUUUGGUCACCGACGAUGAUGGGGUGAAAAUCGCCGACUUGGGUUGUGCUAAGCGAGUUAAUGGAGUGUCGUCGUCAGUUUCCGGUACGCCUCUUUACAUGGCACCGGAGGUGGCGCGUGGGGAACAACAAGGGUUCCCAGCUGACAUAUGGGCGCUUGGGUGUACGGUUAUCGAGAUGGCCACCGGAAAAGCCCCAUGGCCUGACGUCGAUGACCCAUUAUCGGCCUUAUACCGAAUCGGAUUCUCAUCUGAUGUGCCUGAAAUACCCAAUAAUAUUUCGAAGCAAGCAAAGGAUUUCUUAACCAAGUGUUUAAAAAGAAACCCUUUUGAAAGAUGGUCUGUAAUUCAACUUCUAGCUCAUGAGUUCGUGAAUGAAUCGAAAUUUGCAGCAAAUGGAAGAGAUGGGUCUCAAUCUGAGACACCCACCAGCGUAUUGAAUCGACAAUUAUGGGAUUCAAUGGAAGAAAUUGAUACAAAUCAGAUUCUUUCUAAGAAACCAUGUUCCCCCACCAAGUGUUUGAUGAAAAGGAUUCAGCUAUUGGUUGAAGACGAUCUGGUUUUCUCUUUGAGAAUGCCUAAUUGGGAUUGUGAUGAAAAUUGGGUAACUGUUAGAAGUAAUGGUAGUUUAGAAGAAGAAGCGUGGGUUAGCAGUAAUAAUAUGGAUGAACCUCACAUGAAUGACGAUUAUGGCUUAGGCUUAGAGAUUAGUGGGCCAAAAACUUGUAAUAAUUUUGAGAGUGGGUGUAAAACAAGUUCAUUCAAGGCAUGCGAAUAUGUGACUUUUAUCUUAUGUACGAAAUUGAAUUACUGUAAUGAUAGAUAUACUUUCAAUGGAAUUUUACCAGUUGUAGUUAUUGGGAUUCUAAGUUCAUAUUUAUUGACUCAUAAGUCCUUCAAAGUUCUGUCACAUCCAAAAUACAACUUUAUGGAUCCAAACCCACAUCCUUAAACAUGAAAAGAUACC